UGUAGGAUGGUGCGGGAUCGGAAGGUGUGGAGCACGGAUCCAAAUGGAGAAGUCUGGGCCAGAGACGAAAACAAGUUUGGUAAGAAGAUGCUAGAGAAGAUGGGAUGGUCGGAUGGGAAGGGUCUCGGGGCUGAAUUAUCGGGGGAAACCUCGCAUGUUAAAGUCAACAAGAGAGCCGUCCAUUUAGGACUGGGAGCUGACGCAGGUACCCCCGACCGCUGGACAGAACACAUAUCUGAGUUCGACGACAUCCUCUCCAAUCUUAACAACACGAAGACAGCCAGCGUACCAAAUAGUGGCCCAAACAGUGCUGUAACCUCCGAACAGAAUAGUGAUGUGAACUCUGAACAGGAUGAACCAGCAGCGGCAGCAGUAAAAGAGACCAGCGGUAAAAGAAAGAAGCGGAAAAAGGCCAAAGAUUUGUACACUAAGUUCAAGAAGCACAAGAACUUGGGUUCCCUGUCAAAUCAGGACAUGGCUCACAUCUUUGGCGAAACUAAAAAGGAAUCUUCAGAGUCACAAAAAGACGGAGAAUCUUCAGCCGGCUUGCCCGUGGAGGGGCUCAAAACCAUCACCUCAAAGAUGAGCAUGGCAGAGUAUUUCAACUCCAAGAAAGCGACUAAAUCCGACAGCAGCAAAGCUACUGAGGCUACUGAGGCUAAUGAGGCUAAUGAGGAUGCAAGCGGUUUUAAAUUCAGUUUUUACAAUACUCCAGAUAAUGUACAAGUACAACCUGUACUACCUGAGGCAGUACUUGACACAUGUUCACUUAUCGACGGCGUGCACCCUUCGCGUAAGGGAUUUGAAACGUGUAGCAAAGAAGGACUGGGUGAUUCAAACAGCCAAAGCAAGAUUGAUUUGAAAUUAAAGGUUAAGAAGCGAAAAAGGACGACAAAAUAAUUUACCACAUUUUAUUUUAUCCUUGGGACUUUUUAACUUAAAGUUAGAUUUAUAGUUAUAUUCUUGAAUUUGAUUUAAACGAAGACUUGGGGAGCGUUUUUACAUAUAAAUAUCUACAUAUCCAAAGAAUUUGAGAUUGUUCUC